AUCAAAUACGCCACUUUCAUCUUCGAUGGCGAACGUUUUGCUGAGCGAGGCUGAAAAGACGUACAUCCUUCAUGGAGUACAGAAAAACCUCCGAAACGAUGGACGAACUAAUCGCGAAUACCGGCCAAUGGAACUCGAGUCGGAGAUAGUCGUUCACGCUGCCGGAUCGGCUCGACUGCGAAUGGCUAAUACGGACAUACUGGUUGGUGUGAAAGCGGAAAUCGACACACCCAGCCCCGAUCGUCCCAACGAAGGAAAGAUAGACUUUUUCAUCGAUUGUUCCGCUAAUGCAACGCCAGAAUUUGAAGGUCGCGGUGGUGAACAGUUAGCAACGGAAAUAUCUAACACGCUGGCAAAAUCGUACGAAUCGCGCAAUGGGUUCGAUUUGUCCGGUCUAUGCAUUAUGGCCAAACACCAGUGCUGGAAGCUGUACGUGGACGUACUAAUUUUGGAGUGCGGCGGCAAUUUGUUCGACGCAGUAUCGUUGGCCGUGAAGGCUGCACUGUUCAACACACGAAUUCCGCGUGUUUCCACUGCAAUGCACGAUGGUGGCUCGAUGGAUCUAAUACUGACCGACGAUCCGUACGAUUGCGAACGGUUGGACGUGACAAAAGCGCCCAUUUUGGUGACGGUUUGCAAGAUCGGUGACCAGUGUGUUGUGGAUCCGUCGGCCGAGGAGGAAGAAUGCAGCGUAACAAGUGUGGCGAUCGGCGUUUCUUGCGGUUCGAAUGGAAAGCAAUCGAUCACUACGGUGCAUACGGCCGGUGAAGGUUCGAUUCGGCUAGAGACGCUUCGAAAGUGCUUCGAUAUGGCGACCAGCGUCGGCGCAACGCUCAAUCAAGCGCUGAUGGCUGCGCUACAGGAGGACGAGCAAAGAAAUUCCAAAGGCCUGGGAAAGCGUGAAAUUUAUGGCUUUAUAAAGUAAAC